AUGAUCUUCUCCGAAGACGACAAGCUUGUUUUUCGCUUCGAUGAUCAUCUUCUCUGGAUUCAACCCUGGGGCGAUAAUGCCGUUCGCAUACGAGCAACCAAGCUCGCAUCCAUGCCCGUAGAGGACUGGGCUCUUUUAUCCAAACCCGGCGGUCAUCGCUCUAUAAUCGAUAUCCCUAUUGACGGAGAAGCAAGCAUCACGAAUGGAAAGAUCAAAGCCACCGUCUCGCCACGAGGCAAGAUCAUAAUCUACAGCUCGAACGGGACCAAGAUCCUCGAAGAAUACGCCCGCCACCGACGGGACCCUCGUGACCCCAAAUGCAGUGCAUUAGAGAUAGAAGCACGCGAGCUACGGCCCAUUCUUGGUGGUGACUACCAUCUCACCAUGCGGUUCGAGUCCUUGGAUCCCAAGGAGAAGAUCUUCGGGAUGGGUCAGUACCAGCAGCCGUACUUGAAUCUCAAAGGGGCAGAUCUCGAACUGGCACAACGCAACUCUCAGGCAAGCGUGCCGUUUGCCGUUUCAUCACUCGGGUAUGGGUUUCUUUGGAAUAACCCAGGGAUCGGGAGAGCCGUGCUGGGCACCAACGUGAUGAGUUUCGAGGCAUAUUCAACCAGGGCACUUGACUAUUGGAUCGUGGCGGGUGAUUCGCCAGCUGAAAUUGAAGAGGCUUAUGCCAGCGUGACGGGAUACGUCCCUAUGAUGCCCGAAUAUGGUCUUGGUUUCUGGCAGUGUAAGCUGCGCUAUUGGAAUCAAGAGCAAUUGCUCAAUGUAGCCCGAGAGUACCGAUCUCGAGAAGUUCCUCUUGAUCUAAUUGUCAUUGAUUUCUUUCACUGGAAACACCAGGGAGAAUGGAGCUUCGACCCCGAGUUCUGGCCAGAUCCGGAUGCCAUGGUGAAGGAACUGAAAGAACUCAAGAUUGAACUCAUGGUUUCCAUCUGGCCAACCGUUGAAACCGCCUCCGAGAAUUAUCCUGAGAUGCUAGAGCGUGGGUUGCUUAUACGGCACGACCGCGGCAUGCGUGUUGCAAUGCAGUGCGACGGGGACAUUACACACUUUGAUGCUACGAAUCCAGAAGCACGCGAGUUUGUAUGGAGCAAGGCUAAGAAGAACUACUACGAUCGCGGUAUCAAGGUCUUCUGGUUGGACGAGGCAGAGCCCGAGUACUCCAUCUACGACUUUGAUAUCUACCGCUACCAUGCAGGGAGCAACAUGCAGAUUGGUAAUAUCUUUCCAAAAGAGUAUGCACGCGGGUUCUACGAGGGGAUGCAAGCAGAAGGCCAGACGAACAUAAUCAACCUGCUUCGGUGUGCAUGGGCUGGGAGCCAGCGAUACGGCACCCUGGUCUGGAGUGGCGACAUUGCCUCGUCAUGGAGCUCGUUCCGGAACCAGCUGGCAGCGGGCUUGAAUAUGGGACUCGCCGGUAUCCCCUGGUGGACGACUGAUAUCGGCGGGUUUCACGGUGGCAACCCGGACGACCCAGCGUUCCGGGAGUUGUUCACACGGUGGUUUCAAUGGGGUGCAUUCUGUCCGGUGAUGCGUCUUCAUGGAGACUGUGAGCCGAAGCCCGAGGGCCAGCCAACUGCCAGUGGAGCAGGUAAUGAGAUCUGGUCGUACGGGGAGGAGGUUUACGAGAUCUGCAAGAAGUUUAUAGGGAUUCGAGAGGAGCUGCGCGAUUAUACUCGCAGUUUGAUGCAGGAGGCUCACGAGAAGGGAUCGCCAGUGAUACGGACCCUAUUUUAUGAGUUCCCUCAGGACCCGCGGGCUUGGGAGGUGGAAACGCAGUAUAUGUUUGGAUCCCGAUAUAUGGUGGUGCCGGUCUUGGAGCCUGGACAACGCACCAUCACGGUCUAUCUCCCUGCUGGGGCAUUCUGGACUCUCUGGGGUAAGGUUAACGUACCUCAGGAAGGCAUCCCGAGAAUUUAUAAGGGUGGCAGCGAGGUUGAAGUGGAUUGUCCGAUCGAAACACUCCCAGUGUUCUACCGUGUAAGUACUUAA